AUUGAGAAAGCAACGUUGCGCGACGUCGACGAUGCCAACGUGUGUUGCGUAGUUUUCAUUCGGACGGCGUUUUUGUUAUUGUGCGCGUAAAACUGCAUUUGUUCUUUUUGUUUGUUUGAAACAAACAUAUAUUAAAAUUGAAAAAAAUUUGUAAUUAAUUAUUUAUUUUUUUUGCUGUGAGUGUGUUUUUGUUUCAUAGAAAGUGCAUGAGCCGCAAGUGAGGCUAAAGAGCGAAGAGCUCAGAUACAAAAAAAAGGUGUGCGAAAAUUUAACGACGCAACAAUAAAAACGAAUUUUUAGCGUGUAUUUAAGUGCGUCGUCGCGUUAAUAUGUUAAUUAAAUGUUGCUAAGUGAUCGCUGAUAUCUUUUUUAUAACAAUAAACACGAUUAAGCAGAGUGCGAGGGAGAGAGAGCAGCAACCAACAACCACGGCAAAUAGUUACGCGACUUAAAAUGCGCUUAAAUUAGCACACAAUUAAGAGCAACAUACACAAACACCGUCUCAGGCGAGAUCUUUUGAUUUAGACAGCAGCAAGCAUGGCCCUGAAUCAGGGCAAAUAUAAGCCAACAAUUUGUGCCAUCGAUGAGGUGGACGAUCGCAGCUAUAAACUGCACACGGGCCAGGAUGAUGAGCGCAUUGGUCAUGUGAAUAGCAAGCAACAGAUCGAGGGAAGCGAAACGGCGCCGUUGACCACGAAUCAACAGAAGUUGCACAUCGAUGAUGCGGGUCUCACGCCCAAGGAGUUGGAGGCUGCUCGCAAGGAGGCGCUUAGCGAGGCUCGAGCUGUGGGCGGGGUGACGCCCACUGCAAAUACGCCCAACUCGACGCAUGCCUCUGCAAAUGGACUGAGAGGACGUCGCUCGUUCGAUGCUUUAAUGAGUCUGUCGCGUAAGCGUCGCAUCCUCUAUGUGGCCACCGCCUGCUUGUGCGCCGUGCUGUUGGUGAUCAUCAUCCUGCUGCUGGCCUUUUGGCCCGAGGUGCCCUUCUACAUGCGUGCCCCGCUCUGCCUGGAACGCGAGUGCGUCGAGAGCAGUCGUCAACUGCUGCUGUGGGCCAACACAUCGAAGAGUCCGUGCAAGGAGACUUACGAGUGGGCGUGCGGCAAGUUUGCUCGCGAAUAUGCCGAAGGCGAUUACUUUGUGAUCAAGCGCGGCGAAUGGAACUACAAGACUUACAAUGAGUAUCAGGAGCUCAAUGAACUGAAUCGCUUCAUAUCCAUGCUGCCCAAUUCCGCCGAAGGCUCGUUUCCCGUUGAGUCCACAAUAAGCAGUCUUUAUCGCAAUUGCCGCGACAUCGAUGCGCUCGACAAAAGCCAAUCGGAUUUGUUACUCAGGCAGGCCAUCAAACCCGUGGGUGACUGGCAGGCAGUUUCGGCCUCGAAUCGUUUACAGAAUUGGGAUUACAAGAAUGCGCUGAAAUUAUUGCAUGCCAAAUACGGCAUCUUUCCCUAUUAUCGUGUCAGCGUGGAGAACAGCUAUACGAUACCCUAUGACUACAUCAUUACCCUCGACGAAGGCGAAUUGGGUCUCCCCGACAAGUAUUUCUAUGGCCCCGAUGCGGACAUCGACGUUGUCAAUGGCUACAAAUUGCUCUUACGUGAUUUUGCCAUCAACAUGGGAAUGGUUGCGCGAGAGGCGAAUCUAUUUGCCGAUGACAUUUUCCACUACGAGCAACGCAUUGUCAAUCACAUUGAGUCCGCCAAGGCAACGGGAGAACGUCAGCUAAACAAAUUGCUGCGUCUGGCGGAGCUCAAAAGUAUUGCGCCAUCGCUGCCCAUUUUGGAGUCACUGAAGGCGAUCUUUCCCAACACACACAUUACCGAGGACACCGAAGUCCUGGUGCGCAAUGUCGAAGUCUUUCACGAGCUGUCCACGCUAAUCUCCACAUCGGACAAGAAACCAAUUCACAACUUUAUCGUGUGGUCGCUGGUGCGUCAAAUGCUGCCUCAUUUGUCCAAGGAAUAUCGCACGCUGGCCGAGAACUUUGAUCAUGGCAUCUACGGACGCACGGCGAGCUAUCCGCGUUGGCUCUUCUGCAGCAAAGUGGUGCGCGAUUGGCUGCCCUUUGCCGUUGAUGCACUCCAGCAGAAGCCACCGAAGCAGCAAUUCGAGGCAGCUGACAAUCGCGUGCGCAACGGCAUCGAUCCGCAUGCUCUAAACAAGACGCUGGGCAAUGAAAAGUUCUUGCAAUUGAUGUUCUACAGUCUGCGAAAUCAACUGCAGGAGUCACUUAGUCAAGCGAGUUGGUUGGAGCCAACGGCACGACAAUUUCUGCACAAGAAACUAAACGAGAUGCGUUUGCAGUUUGGCAUACCGGGUGAGGUGCUGGAUCAGCCGCAAUAUAUUAGCGACUACUACAACGAGCUGUUGCUCAGCAAUUUGAAUUUCGUGGAGCACCUCGAGUCGAUUUGGACAUUCCGCCGAGCUCGCAUGGAGGAUAAAUUGAAGACUCUCAAUAUGCUGGAUGUCAUUGUGUCCGAGAUGUAUACAAGGGAUCAUCCGCAGCCCAUUGCGUACUCCAACAAGCUGAACAUGCUGCUCAUUUCGCGUGUGCUCGUCAACAACAACUACUACGACUAUCGCUACCCGGUUGCCAUCAAUUUUGCUCGAAUUGGCACCGACAUCCUCGAGACCUUGAUCAACAAUUUGUCCGUCUUUCUGCUGCAAUUCAAUGCCCAGGGAACGGACAUCAGCGAUGCGGUGCCAGAAAUCGAAUACGCUCAGCCCGAUGUGAACUGUUUGGCCGCCGGACAGCCGCCGCAUUUGGCCUGGGAGCUGCGUCAAAUGUCACAGGAGGCGCUGAAGAGUUUCCAUGUCACGCUGAGUGCUGCACGCACUGCGGCACGUGCUCUGAGCAGCUUUGUCUCGGCCAUCGAUGCAGGCAAUGCCAUCCAAGGAGCGGGCAUCGAUCAGGUGGUCACCUACGAUGCACUCGGACUAACACAGCGAUUGCGUGUGCCCGGACUGCGUUCGUACAAUGAGAACGAGCUCUUCACGCUCGCCUACAUGCAACAGCAUUGCAGCACCUCGAUUGCGGACAAGGAUUAUGCACGCAUCAAGCCGCACGUUGAGCGUCAGCUGGCCGAACGCUAUCUCUUCAAUGCCACCUGGCAGCAUAUACAGUUCCUGCCACGCUCAACGGAUUGCGCCGCCUCCGAGGUCAGCUGCUCCAACUUGCUGUGAGGAGGAAGUGGACGAGGAGGAGGAGGAGGAGGAGGCGAAUGGACAUGCAACAAUUGUACAAUUCCUUAGUUCGGCCACACAUAUUUAUUGUACUUUUUUUUAACAUCCAAGCACACACACACACAAACUCACAGAUACUGAUGGAGAUAUGGAGAUAUGCCAGACACAACACACAA